CACUUUUGCUUCAGCUUGACCGUGCACAAGACGAUGAAUGAGCCUCUGCUCACCCCACGACAUCCUAGCUGCAUCUUGGACCUGAUAAACGCGGUGGAGUCCGACAUGAUAAUUUCGUCUCCAAUUGAUACCAAGUCAACAGCUCACGUCGUCACCCGAGAGGUAGAUCAGUCCGACAUAAGCGACAACGUCCAGGAGCCAGUGAAGAAGAAGCGCGCCUACAAGAAGAGGAAGGCGACGAACACGGUGCGUAAAGAGGAGAAGCUGGCGCUGCAAGUGGAGAUCGCUGCAUUGCAAGCCAAACUGAAGAAUCUUGAGCUCCAGACGCUAGUACAGCGAGGUGAAGAAGACACUGUGCUGCAUAACACGGUGGCACACAACGCAAUGCUGCGAGAUUUCGUCCAAGAGCAGCAUUUGGCGAUGGCUCACGCUCAAGGAAUGCUACUGGGUUGUGCAUUGCGUCACUCGUAUCAAGUACGUCCAACGGAGAUGUUUAUUCACUUGUCAGCAGAUCGGAAAGAGAGACUCGAGACACUAAAAGUAGUAAGGGAGCCCAAGCUUUAUUACGCCAAACGAUUUAUCCAGCAUCGCAGUAUAGGAAUGCAUCCUACCGCGGAAUAUUUCCACGAAGAGAGAUACGAAACUCCGGAAGGAGAUUACUGCAACGUACGCUUCGAUCGUGUACCUUUAGGAGGUGUAAAGGGCGGGAUUCGAGCCGUACUGGAUGCGUUAAAAUACGCUGCUUUCAACGCGGAGAUUAUAAUUUCCGAGACAUCCGGUAAUCUAACGAUCCGUGAAGACGAUGAUGUAACUGAGGAGGAAUGUUCUCAACUGCGCUUAGUAACGCGGACAUCUCGAGGCUUUCUGGUGGAGAACAAUCUCGUCCACUUCACCGAGUUUUCGAAUACUGAAGGAGGGAGUUAUGCGGUGACCUCUGCCGAUUUUGUGGAUGAGGAUGUGCUUUAUCCGUAUCGUCCUCAGGAACGUAUCCGGAGAGAUGCCACUGCAGCGAUUCUAGUGACAUCACACGUUGAUCCGGAUAGAUACGAGGCAGAUCCGGUCAUUGUGGUGACGCGUUGGGCUUUUACAAGGAUCUGCCAUACCGAGCUGGACGUGCCUCAUGAAGUACUCCGAGAGAUGCGAGACUUAUCCGGAAGGGUUUCCCAAACGAUCUUAAACUGUGUCCGGGAGUCAGUCGGCUUGCCUAAACAGUCUUAACGUGUUAUGUACAGAAGUAUAUUGUGUUACGUGGUGGUU